AACGCCUGGCCCUGCAAUGCAGACCUUGGGGCUAGCCUGUCAAUGGCGGCUUCGAGAGCUGCACCCUUCAGCCUUUGAAUGAAUGGCCGGUGCUCUGUCGCGACACACGGCGCGGACAGCGCCGUGUUAAUGCAACGUAUGAGUAGAAUACGCGAGCUUGGCGUUUCGGGGCCGGUCGGUGUAAUUGCGAGUCCGCGGACGCGCUCGUGCGCUAGCGGCUAAGCUAGCUAACAGCAGCCCGGUUGUUAGACGCUAUUCCAAUCUGGCAACCCUGCGGCUCGCACCGCUGGAUUUACGCCGAAUUCCUUUCACCGUCCCGCGCCGCUUCAGGCGGAGUUGCCCGUUUCAACACACGACAUCUCAUUUGGAUUUCACCGAUUUAUAUAUUUGCAGAAAAGUAGCCGCGAAUGCACAUUGUUGCAGAAUCUUUCCAAACUUUCCUCAUGCUCAUGGGGGACAUUUUUUUUUGGUAUGUUUCCGGGUUUCACAGCAAAACGUUACUUAACGCUACAACAUCAAACUUUCACCACAAAGUACGAUUAAUUAAAAAAAAACGAUGACAAUCUUACAGACAACACGCAGUUAUUGCUCUAUAUGUUUGCGGCACUGGAAAGCGGCUGAUCAGAGCAGUCUCACGUCACACAACGGGCCGGGUUCUGAUAACGUCAGGUGUUGAUUCAAAGCGCUCAGGCAACGAUCGCGUCCAGUGAACGCAGGCUUUUGUUGGCCAGAUACCGAUCGCACCGCAUUCUGGUUAUUGUUUGUCUAGACCAGCCAGUGAAACUCGGCGGAGCUCCUCCCUGACCGCGGGCUGCGCCGCGCCGCGCCGCGCACCGUGACUUGUGAAAAGGCCAGCUGCCAGCGUUGAUGGAUGCUGCUCCAUAAAGCAGCCGGGCAGCGGAGAGACUCCCAGUCGCUUGUCAAUUUUGGAGGCUUAAUGUGAAUCAUGACAGAAUAUAAGCUGGUAGUGGUCGGAGCUGGUGGCGUUGGCAAGAGUGCAUUAACUAUUCAGCUCAUCCAGAAUCACUUUGUGGACGAAUAUGAUCCCACGAUUGAGGACUCGUACAGAAAGCAGGUGGUGAUUGAUGGAGAGACGUGUCUGCUGGACAUCCUGGACACUGCAGGUCAGGAGGAGUACAGCGCCAUGAGAGAUCAGUACAUGAGGACAGGGGAGGGCUUCCUCUGUGUCUUUGCCAUCAACAACACCAAGUCCUUCGAGGACAUCCACCACUAUAGAGAACAGAUUAAGCGGGUGAAGGACUCUGAGGAUGUUCCCAUGGUGUUGGUGGGAAACAAGUGUGACCUCCCGUCCCGGACAGUGGACACCAAGCAGGCUCAGGACUUAGCACGCAGCUACGGCAUUCCCUUUAUCGAGACCUCAGCCAAAACCAGACAGAGGGUGGAAGAUGCCUUUUACACUCUGGUACGGGAGAUCAGGCUGUACCGGCUCAAUAAGCUCAGCAAGGAAGAAAAGACUCCGCGCUGUGUCAAGCUUAAAAAAUGUGUUGUGAUGUAAAAAAGGGGGGGUUGAUGAUGCCUUUUACACACUAGUGCGAGAAAUCCGGAAGCAUAAGGAGAAGAUGAGCAAGGAGGGCAAAAAGAAGAAAAAGAAGUCCAAGACAAAGUGUACACUCAUGUGAAUGAUCAUCCCUUUCCCAGACAGACUUAAAAAAAAGCAACCACGUUGAACAUUUAAAGUAAAACAUUUUGUACAUUACACUAAAUUAUUAGCCUCUUUGAGAACCCACCAUACGGAUUACUAAACCUGACCCAACCUGUCCUUGUCUGUUAUUUGCUACCUAGUCACCAAUAGGCUUUAUUUUCAGCUUAGUGCCAGUUGCCCACGUGCGUUGGUCCAACAGCCUCUGUGAUUUUAUAGCAUAAUGUUAAUUUGGGUAAUUUUAUAUAAUUGAAGAGCGAACUAAUCUUCUCACAACUCAUGUUUGACAAAUGAGAUGUCAAUAACGUAGUUUUUCCUCCCAUUGCUUAAAAGGUCUGGGUCUUCACGCCCUUUCUAAGUUUGGGAUGCCAAAGAAUGAAUUUCCAAAACAAAACAAAACAAGUGCAGAAAGGACCAACAUUCGGCCAGGCGAGAUGCAAAUGUCCCAGCCACCGCGUAACGUCCCAACUACGACCUUUAGAUAUGUCUUUAUGUCACUGAUCUAAGUAUGCAUGCAACUCCUACUCUUUGAAUGUUUUAACACCCUAAUUAGCUAAUAAAUAAUUAGCCGUUUGUCAAUGCGUCGUACUGUGUGGGAAGUGAUUCUUGCCUACAUGAGGUGUUUUCUUUUUCCUGCAUGCAUUUUGUCCUAGAUGACAUGGGUGUUGCAAACUGCGUCUAGUCGAUGCAUUGAAUAGAGCCAGCAACGAGGAACUCCAGAACCCCAGUGGACACCGGUUUACUUUUACCAGGUUAUUGAACUAUAAUCAAUAUUUGCUUCUACAAGAGAAACGGGCAGUCUUAUUUUUGCUUCAAAUCCAUGAUAUCGUGGGGUUUCAUCUGUUUUCUGAUGAUAAAAUGUACGUAGCAGAAGGGGUUGUGUUGCUCAGAGUCAUUUUAUGUUGAAAGGAUCAAUGCCUCAUCAAAGGGAAAAGCAUUUCUCAACAUUAUGGAUUUAAUAUUUUCUGCUUUUACUUCCUCCAAGGCUUAAAUGCAGGAUUGUUGCAAAUAAAUUGGGGUAUAAAUAAUGAUUGAACUCCUUUUGUCAACGCUCCCAAAUGGAGAGUUGAUAUUUAGCAGAAUGUGUCUUUAAGUACAAUAUUUGAGAUGAAUCUCAAGUAUUCAGUGUACUAUAGUGUCAUGCCUUGCACAUUUUUAAAGCUGGCGACUCAUUUGCUUGAGACUGUGCAGAAAAGCAGAAUGCAUGUUAUCAGCAGCUUCCAGGAACAUUUCUUGUGGUGCGGUGUCACAAAGGUUGCUUAAAAUGUUAUCCAAAUGAAUUUUCACAUUCUUCUGUGGAGCUUUUGGAUUCGUUUCCUGAAGUGUUUGGUGGGCUGCCUUUCAAUAGAGAUGACUGUUGAGCAAUAUAAUUUGUCAUUUCUCUCACCAAGCUUGUGUAAUGCGGUGAUGUAACUGGAACUGACAUUUGUAAAUGAGGCAAUAAUUGCCAUAAAAUUGUUUUUUUUUUUUUUUUUUUUUUAAGAGAGUCUGAAUUUACUAAAAAUAGUCCUGGUUUCUUUGUGUCACCCCAUAUGUCACCUCUUCCAUUACAUUCACGAGUUGUUCCCCAGGGGACUUUUAUUUGCAUUAGGUGCUACAUUUACAGUAGAAAGAACCGAGACAUUUACUUUGUCCUGUGUGUUUGUGUGUGUGUGCCCUCGAGGAAUACACAAAAUGCUGUUUUGGGGAAGCGAUGCUGUUGACACAGAAAUUUCAGACAUGACACAUUUGGCAUUGAGGAUUAAUGAAUAUUGACCCAGUUUAUUAUUACCUCUGUUUGUUAUGAAGUAGAUAAUAACUGUUAAUGCAAUUUUAAUUAUGGAACCAUCCUGUUAACAAUACAGUUUGAAAGUAGUUUUACUGAAAUGUUUGAAAUGUUCCUCCUUCCUUUUAUUGCGUGCCAACAGCUGAUUUCUGAAAUGUAUCAUUUAUACCUGGAUCGUAUUUUAGCAACCUUUGUAUAGUUGUGAUACUGAAAGGUGCAUAUUUUGUAAAUUGUGCUUCAUUUCGUUGGUGUGUCUAUGAAUGUUGCUUUACUGGAGUUUCACUCCGCUCGGUGUAUGUGACUAGAGAGUGUGACUGGGUCCAGGUUUAGGGGAGUGAAUGAAUGACCACUUUACAACACACCUUCUGUGGGCAGCGUAGAGUGGUGAUCUGAUCUCAAAUGAGUCUAUUUUUUGCCAUGAAUCUCACCACUCCUAUUUAAUGUGUAAUAAAGAACAAAGUAAAGAUGA